GAUUGACACGGACGAACAAGGACUUUUGGAAAGGAAAGAGAUUUAUAAGAGAAAAUUUGCUUUAAAGAUGGCGGUUGAAAACAAGGGAAAAGAUAUCUCCCUAUUUCGAUCCGAAGAAAUGACAUUAGCUCAGUUAUUUCUGCAAUCCGAGGCAGCAUAUGCCUGUGUGAGUGCCCUGGGAGAGUUGGGUUUAGUCCAAUUCAAAGACUUAAAUCCUGAUGUGAAUGCCUUCCAAAGAAAGUUUGUGAAUGAAGUGAGAAGAUGUGAUGAAAUGGAACGCAAAUUGAGAUUUCUUCAAAAAGAGAUUGUAAGAGCUGAUAUUCACAUAGGAAACUUCCAUGAAAGCCCACCUGCCCCCCAUCCUAGAGAAAUGAUUGAUCUUGAGGCACAAUUUGAACAGCUAGAAAAUGAAAUGAAGGACAGCAAUGGGAAUUUUGAGGCAAUGAAAAAGGGGUUGUUGGAGCUGACUGAGUUGAAGCAUAUCUUGCGAAAGACGCAAGUAUUUUUUGAAGAGCAUGAAGGAAGAACCGAUGACCUGGCAACAUUGCUGGAUGAACAACAAGAACAAGCUGGCUCGCAACUUGGGUUUGUGACAGGAGUGAUCGAUCGGGAACGGGUUCCUGCAUUUGAACGCCUCUUAUGGAGGGCUUGUCGUGGCAACGUAUUCUUCAAGCAAGCCGAGAUCGACACGCCUUUAGAAGAUCCUGUUUCUGGUUUCGUUAUCCAUAAAUGUGUCUUCAUCGUUUUCUUUCAAGGAGAGCAACUUAAGUCGAGAGUGAAAAAGAUUUGCGAUGGGUUUCGCGCUACUAUGUACCCAUGCCCCGAUACUACUCAAGAACGAAGAGAGAUGGCACUUGGGGUGAUGACUAGGAUCGAAGAUCUUCAGACGGUCUUGAAUGAAACCGAAGAACAUCGUCGAAGAUUGUUGUCCACUGUUGCCAAAAGUAUCAAUAAUUGGUUCAUUAAGGUGAGAAAAAUCAAGGCCAUCUACCACACGAUGAAUAUGUUCAAUCUGGACGUGACACACAAAUGUCUUAUUGCUGAAUGUUGGUGCCCAGUUUCUGAUCUCGAUCAAAUACAAGAUGCUCUGAAACGAGGAACGGAUGAAAGUGGUGCUUCAGUGCCAUCGAUUCUCAACCGGAUGAAAACAAAAGAGGAUCCACCGACAUUCAAUCGCAACAACAAAUUCACCGAGGGCUAUCAAAAUCUAGUCGACGCUUAUGGUGUCGCAACCUACCAAGAGGUCAAUCCAGCGCUUUUUACCAUUAUAACAUUUCCGUUUCUAUUUGCGGUCAUGUUCGGGGACUGUGGACACGGCUUCAUUAUGUUCGUUUUUGCGUAUUGGAUGGUGCGAAACGAGAAGAAACUCGCCAUAACUAAACCCGGUGGAGAGAUAUUUGAGACUGUAUUCUCUGGUCGCUAUAUUCUAUUAUUGAUGGGUGCGUUUGCCGUAUAUACUGGCCUAAUUUACAACGAUUGCUUCUCGAAAUCCUUCAACAUAUUUGGUAGUGCUUGGCAUAUAGGCAAUCACAGUUUUCCAGUUGAUGUCCCAGAAGGAGGUAGUAGUAUGUUAGUACCAGCUGGCUACCCCUACUAUCGUGGCAUACCUUACUACUUUGGAAUUGAUCCGAUAUGGCAAUUGGCUGAGAACAAGAUCAGUUUCACAAAUUCUAUGAAGAUGAAGAUGUCUGUCAUCCUGGGUGUCAGUCACAUGCUGUUUGGAAUAUGUUUGAGUUGUGCCAACUACAUGCAUUUCAAGCAACGGAUCAAUAUUUACACCAUGUUUAUACCUCAGGUGCUCUUCCUGCUCAGUAUUUUUGGGUAUUUGAUAUUUUUGAUUUUCUACAAGUGGAUAUUUUUCAAUUCAAGUUCUGAGCAUGCGCCCAGUCUAUUGAUUGUGCUCAUCAACAUGUUUCUGAAAAUCACCAGCCCUACUGCUAAAGAAGAUAAAUUGUUUGACGCACAGCCCGUUAUUGAAAAGAUGUGUGCGAUUUUGGCUGCCGUCUGCAUUCCAUGGCUGUUACUUGCCAAACCUCUGUACCUUCUCUUCCAGCGACAGAAAAUGCGACGUCAGGGUUUUGUAAAGAUUCGUCAGACAAGCGAUGAUAGUCAUGACGAAGGCGAUAAUGAGAAUACUGACGACGAAGGUCAGUUAGUGCACGGUGAUGCCCGCAGUGCAAGCGUAACUCAUGAUACAUUCUCGGGAAGUGGACACGAGGUUGACGAUGAAGAAGAGUUUGAAUUUGGUGAAAUCUUCAUUCAUCAAGUCAUUGAAACUAUCGAAUUUUGCUUGGGGUGCAUUUCAAACACUGCGUCCUACCUUCGGCUCUGGGCUUUGAGUUUGGCUCAUGCAGAAUUAUCCGAGGUUCUUUGGAAAAUGGUGUUUACCUUUGCUCUUGGGAUCAGUAGCGGAUUCGGCAGUGUUGCUGUAUUCCUUAUUUUCGCUGCUUGGGCAGGGAUGACCGUUGCUAUUCUGCUUGUCAUGGAAGGAUUGUCAGCAUUUCUUCACGCGCUUCGUCUGCAUUGGGUGGAGUUUAUGAACAAGUUUUACGACGGUAACGGCUAUUUGUUUGUGCCAUUUUCUUUCAAAGCUAUUGAGUCCGCUGAGGAGGACGAAUCGCAUUGAUGAUGGUUGAUGCGUGUUCGCAUUGCAUGCAGAUAAUUAGAAUAGAUGAGACAACUCGCAUUUAAAAGUUUGAUUAAUGGGUCAAGUUUAAUUUUAAUGAUAAUAGUAAUGUUAUUAAUAAUCUUUUCAAAAUAUACGAGGAUAAUUCGUUGAAUUUCUA